UUCCGUGAGGGGCUGGGGUUCCUCGCACCCUGGGGCGUUGGGAGUCUCCCUUGGUAGCCCCAGAGAGGAGCGGCCCGUCCGCACACCCGUGCUUGGCCGAGGUUUAUCGGUAUCUGGGCCUACGGGCGAGCUUGCUGCCGUUUCUGUACUGAAAGCUGAGUUGAACAUAAUAGUCAGACGUUGCUUAGUUAUUCAAAAUGAAAGCUCGAUGUUAUUAAAUUUGUUAAAGUGUAGGAAGGCACUUUGAAGGCUGGGGACAGCUGUGAUGCACAUCUGUUUGACACAGAACGCAUCAGCUAUUCCUAGGCACUUUACAAACUUAACUGGAUUGAAAAAGAGAAAAAAUGAAAGGCAAAGCUUGUGCAGAUGAUUUUCAAGUCCAGGAUUUUGUCAAGAAGAAGAAAAAGAAGAAGAGGAAACUCAACGAGUCCAACCACAACGAUGAAGAUGCUGAAAUUGUGGAAGAUGCAGAGCUCGGCCUCGCUUCCCCUCUGCUGUUUGAAGAUGCAGCAGCACAGGGCGGGGAGGGCAGGAAAAAGAAGAAAAAGCUGAAAAAGAAGGGUGAGAAGCAGCAGGCUCUGAUAGAUAAUUUCUUUGUGAGGAAUGAACACAAAAUCAGCAGUGGGACUGCAGCGGCUGCUUCCCCGAGGAAGAAGAGGAAGGCCAGCACUGAACAGUGCAACGGUGUCACCUGCGUCCCUGUGAACCAGCACAGCAGCCAGGACUGCCAGGAGGCUGCUGCUGCUGCUGUUUGUUUAAAAAAACACAAGAAGAAAAAGAAAGAAAAGCAGCCUGAGGCGGAGGAGGUGUGUGAGCUGCCUCCCCCUGAGGAGUGCAGCAGCAAGGGCCACCAAGAGAAACCCAAGAAGAAGAAGAAGAAGAGGAGAGAGGGCAGUGGCCAGGACGUGCAGGAGGACACAAAUGGAGCAGCUGAGCAGCCACAGCUGUCCCCCUCAAAGCAGGGCAGGGGGCACAGGGGGUGUCCUGCACCUGCAGGUGAGGAUGGAGGCUGUGAUGCUGCUUCUGCCAUCAGUGACGUCUCCAUGGAGCUCCCUGCUGGCUUCUCUACACCCAGUAAAGCAGCUGAGGGAGCUACAAAGUCAGUUUUUAAAACAGCAGCACGUGCUAGAAAGGCAAUUAAAAGCCGCGCUUUUGUCAUGGAAGAAAGCUCUUCAGAGUCUGAUGUGACGACACCAAACUCCUCGGAAUCACAUAAAAAGGAGAAACAGCAGAACAAUUCCUUUACUGAAUUGGCAGCCUCUGAUGAGGUCAUGGAGGAUGUUGAAGAAUGCCUGGACCUUGCCACGUCUUCAUUCAUAGAUUUGGACACUGCAAGAAAAGAACUGGAAGAGUUUAUUCCUCAUGUGAAGAAUAUAUCAGAUGGUUCAAUCCGGAAAAUGGCUGGAAGAGACCUAACGAGGUUUAAGGAGUUUAAAAAACAGGGUAUUGCUGUCAAGUUUGGCAGAUUUACCCAGAAGGAAAAUAAACAAAUCCAGAAAAAUGUUGAAGAGUUCUUAUCACUUACUGGGAUAGACAGUGCCGAAAAACUUUUGUUUACCUCGAGGUAUCCAGAAGACAGAGACACCAUCUAUCGCCUGAAAACAGAACAUAAUUUUUGUGAAAAAAUCUCUGAGGGCAUACCCCGGCCCUGGAGGCUGAUAUAUUAUCGAGCAAGGAAGAUAUUUGAUCCAAAUAAUUAUAAAGGAAGGUAUACUAAUGAAGAAAAAGAAAAAUUAAAGAAGUAUCAAGCUCUGCAUGGCAAUGAUUGGAAGAAGAUUUCUGAGCUGAUGUCCCGUUCUAACCUCUCAGUUGCUAUGAAAUUCUCUGAAAUCAAGUCAGCUAUUAACUAUGGUCCUUGGACAAAGGAAGAGACCCAGAAGUUAAUGAGUGCAGUGAAGGAGGUGAUGAUGAGAAAACUGAAAUUAGAAAAUCCAAGUUCUCUUUCCCCGCUGGAACAGUCAGACACAGAUGUGUGGAUUGACCGUGAGAAGCUGUACCAGACAUUACCAUGGACUGAGAUUGAAACCAAAGUGGGAAGUCGAUAUUGGAGACAAUGCAGACAGAAAUGGAACUUGAUUUUAGCAAGCAAAUUGACCAGAGGGCAGCAGUUGUACAGAGGGACCAAUGGAUUAAAGGCCAAGAUCAAUCUUAUUAAAAGGUUGAAUGAAACAAAAGCAGAGGAUGCCAAUGAAGUAAACUGGGAUGAACUCAGUAGUGCUAUCGGAGAUGUUCCCAGAGCUUAUGUUCAAUCAAAGUUUUAUAAGCUAAAAGUGUCCUCUGUCCCUUUAUGGAAAAGAAAGACUUUUUCUGAAAUUAUUGACUAUCUGUAUGAAAACAAGCUCCCAGAACUUGAAGAAAAGUUAAGAAAAGAAGAGAAGAAACACCGGAGUUCUUGCAAUUUGCCAGCCAGUCAGCAGAAGGCGGCUUUCCGAUUCAGUGACAUUUUUGACUUCAGUGAAGACAAUGAUUCUGGUGAAGAGUGUUUAGCUGACUGUCCUAAAACCAAUGUCUAAUUUGCAUAUUGAACUGCAACUGGGUCUGGUUGAAAGUGGGUGCACCUGCAAAUACACAGGCUGUUGAUAACGGGAAAAGUCAGGAUAGGCACCUCUGGUUGUCUUGUUUCAUCUUAAAGAUUGAGUUAAACAGGGCUUUUGUGGCACCUUUUAUUGAAUUUAUUUUUGGUUUUAGAAGUUUUCAUGUAAGCAUCCACGUUGCUUUCUAAAUGUCUCAAAAUACUUUUUUUUUUCUGUGCAGUUGAAAGCUGCUGUUUUCCCUUUAUCAAUGAACUUGGUUUUCAGAACUUUUUUUUUUUAAUUGAUGGGAUUGGAAAAAGGUUCUCAGUUUGUUUCUAAAUCUCUGUAAUAAUCAAGUUUUAAGGACAUCUGUGUUGAUGAAAAUAGCACAACUUUGGAGUUGUUUUUCUUUUUAACAGGUAACUUAUUCUUAAAAGCAACUGAUUUUAUUUUUGAUGCAGACUUACACUUUUCUUAACCCUUCUAGAGAAAAAGGACUUUUGUCCAUUACUAUUCAUCAUUUCAUGCUAACCAAAACAAAUAAUUUAAAAUGUUGUAAUUAAUAUUUGGAAUACAAAGCGGUGUAUAUAUACAUAUGCAUACAUAUAUAUUUUUAUUUUGCCAAGGAGUAUUGCUACAUUUUAAUAAGAAAAUUAAACAAUAAGAUGGAGGUUGCACUCAUGUUUUGUAUGAUAUUUUUAAUCUCUGCCUGAAGUGAUUAUUUGUAAAUUGACUGAAUUAAUGCAAAAAAACCCAAAAAUACUUUACUGUGUAAAGUCCUUGUAUGGCUUGUUUAUAUUUCCCAUAUGCUGUACUAGACAGUAAUGCAAGAAGAAGACUCGGUCCCUGCUUUUUGUGGGUCAUUUUGAUAAGUGACAACUUCCCUCUUCCAUUCUAAUGAUCAUCAUUGAAAAUCCAGAGCGUUCAAUGGCUUGAUAUAAAGGCCUUUGUUGGAGGAAGGGAUUUUAAAGGAGAACUUUCCAUAUUUAACUGUGUCUGGCUGUAGUCUCUCUGAAGGCGGAAAGCACUGGGAUUUUUGUGAGACAGGCACGACCUCCCCUGCAAUCAGCCACUGCUUGGAGGGUAAAGUUUUCCAGCCAAGAAGUGAAACACACACCACUUCCACUUAGGUCUUUGUGUUGCUUCAUGGCUUUGAAGGUUAAAAGCUGAAGAACUUGAAUUUCUGAAUCUAAAAUGUUUGGGGUUUUUUUCCUAGAAAAUGGAGAUGCUCUGAAUUGUUUGCAGGCACGAGCACAAACAAUGCCUGGUUGUAAAGUUUGUAGAAUAGAUCUUGCAGAAAUAAACUUCUACCUCCAUGCUGAGA